GAUGCCCCCCGUAUCCAGCGCCGUCCGCCCCCGACGUUAACCCUGCUAUUUCCAGAAACUUCCAGCCCACUUUCCCACGUCACUUGGAGGAAAUCUUUAAAGCGUCCGUCGCCUGUUUACAAUGUCUCAGUCCUCGACCGCCCGCGGCAGCAUGAGCACCAUGAAGACACAGUCGCCGACACUGACGAUGGCGAACAAUGACAACGACCCGCUGCCCCUCGGCUGGGAAGUCAAAAUCGACCCGCAGACGGGAUGGCCCUUCUUCGUGGAUCACAACAACCGCACGACAACCUGGAACGACCCGAGGCACGACACGAACAAGAUAAGAGAAGUGUCAGCAAAUGGACCGAACAUACCACCAGAACCGAGCCCUCAGGAAACACAGAAGACCUUUGUGAGGGAGAUGAAGCACCCUAUCCUUCGCCCAGGUUAUGUUCCCAUCCCGGUCUUCCAUGAGGGCGUAGAACUGAGGCAGCAACAGCAUCCAUGUUAUUCCUACAUCCAGCCAACCACUGCACAGAAUAUCCGGACUGAUGGGCGAACACCUUCCCCGACACCAGGGCUCCACUGCAGGCCGAGAUCACCUUUACAUGGACUUUCAGACUCCUGCUCACCUGACCCCGGAAAGGUCGGGUCACCCGUUUCACAAACAGCAGAGGUUUAUACUGUCCCACAUCACCAACCCCCACGGCCCAGCAGCACCAGUCUUCAAGCAGGUUAUAUCCCUAUCCCGGUGAUCCAUGAGGGUGGAGGAGGCCCAACACAAACACAGGCUCAGUUAAAUCCCUCUGUGUACUCUCAGCGCGUCCCCUACUCAGAGCACCAGCAGCCCUUCCAUCGACUUCAGACAGACGAAUGGCCUGGUUACCCUGCAGCAAUGCAGCCUCCACGGGAAAGGGCUUCUCCAACUCUGUUUCCCCAGCAUCGCGAUUCUAUUCACCUCCCACCUCAUAUUAGAAGCCAGUCACCUAUUGUAACCCAGGUUCUUGGAGAAAGACCACAGGCUCAGCAACAUGUCCUCACAAGAGACCCGGCCCACAAAAUAGAGCAGGAUCAACAAAGCACGCAGCAGAAACCAGAAAACACGCAGCUCCCCCAGCCACUGCACACAGAAGCCGACAUCCAAAAGCCUCAACAACCUCAACACUUCCAACAGCCGCCACCUCAGCAACCUCAGCAGUUCCAGCAGUUCCAGCAGUCACAACACUUCCAGCAGGCACCAUCUCAGACAUCUCCACAGCCUCAGCAGCCUGAACGGCUACAGCAGUCGCAGCAACAGUUCCAGCAGCCCCAGAAACCAGAGCAACCACAGCAACAUACUGCAGAUAUCACAGUUCAAAUACCUCCAAAACCAGAAGCCCAGGAAUUGACAGCUGUUCCCCCAGAGGUCCCACCUGUAAAGGUAGAAGCUGAACAGCCUGCCCAGUGCCCAAUCCACCCAGGCCUGGCUAAGGUACAGCAGAUAGUUGACCGGGUCGCUAAACUGGAGCAGGAGGUGAAGUGUUUUGAAGGAAAGAAGAAUGGUAAGAAGUACUUGUUGCUUGAGGAACUGCUGACCAAAGAGCUCUUAGCACUGGACUCUGUUGACCCGGAGGGUCGCGUAGAUGUACGACAAGCAAGGCGGGAUGGAGUCCGUCGUGUUCAGAACAUACUGGAAGCACUGGAGCAACUGGAGGAGCAGCCAGGCAAGCCUGCCGGCGACAAUGCGACGGAGGGAGACAACCUGACGCAGAAAGGAGAACCCACCAUGAUCACCAAGGAGAAUGUUGAGAUGGCAAAGGAGAUUUCAUAAUGAGUGCACACUUCCUCAUUGAGCGGAGAGAAAGAUAACCUGCUGUAAAUUAUAUUUGAUAGUGAACAAGUCCGGCUAAAUCUCCUCCUCCUCCUCCUCUAUCUACAGCAUUUGUAGAAGUUGCAUGUAUUAACAGUGUUGCUAUUUCCUGCCAUUCAGCACAUAAUUGAUGGUAGCUCAGUGCAAUCAUCUUUUUUCAAGCCAAUGUUGUUGCCUUCCAUGUGGUGCCAAUGUCUUCAUAAUAAGACAGCUGUCAUGAUCAAGGUGUUGUCGACAAUUUCUGGUCAAAUUGAAGUUUGAAUAAGAGGCCUUUAUCAAUAAAUGGAAGAAAAUAUAAGUAUUUUCUCAAGAAAUGUUAUAUGUAGUUGCCUUUUGUCUCGAUCACAUAUUGUAUGGAGCUUUUCUUAAUCCAGUCAGCUCAUUAGUUAGUACACAAGUGCAAACAUUUGGGGCUUUAAGGCAGAAGUCACUGCAAAACUCAGUCAACAGGGAAGCAUUUUUCCCAUUUAUGGCCACAUGGCCAUGUUUGAGCUGCUUUGUCACAGAACGCAGUAUAUACGUCUGUAUGUUUGUUUGGUUCUGCUUUUUGGUACAUUACUGAUUUUUGCCAUGUUUGCACUUUGCCAUCAUUGGAAAUGCUGAAGGUUCAGCAGUACUUCAGUUUAAAUAUAUCAGUUACACACGUUUUGAUUGAUGUGUUUUUGAUUGUUUGUAUGUGCGUUAGUUUGCAUUAUAUCAGUAUUUAUAUAUCAUUAUAUAGUAUUUUGGUACAUUUACGAAUGUAAAAUAACAAAUGGAGUUGUGAUGGUGUAUCUUACUUGAGAUGUGAGACAAUCAGAACUUAGUGCUACUUAGGAAUCACAGCGGAAGAUUGUCAGAAUUGUCCUUGUAUAUCUACCAAAGCCACAAUCUGCAAUAACACUAACACAAAAAAUGGCCUCAAUGAUCUUGAAAACGAUCAACUGAGAAAAUAACCAAUUUACUGACAGAGGAAGAAAACUGAUCACCUUUAUUGAUUGUGUUGUAGUGUAUCACUGUAAUAAGAUCAUAAGACAGCUGUAAGGUACUGUCACUGCCCAACACACCGUUGCAAAUUAUGGAUUGUGGCUUUGUAUUGAUCACAUUUUAUGAGUAGCAGGCUGUUGCAUUGUUGAAAGCAAGUCAAUCUUGUUGGUAUGGUUGAAAAUAAAAAUGUAUUUGACAUGGA